GAAGAGGGGAAUGGAGGAGAGAGGGGAGGACAAGGAAAAAAAAGGAAGAUAGAAAUCGAAGAAGUCCCGUAGGGAGCCGGAGGAGGAAAGAGGAGGGAGAGUGGGAGUAGAAGGGCGGGAGCUUUGACGCGUUGCUCCAGCCCCCCGCCCUCGCCUCUCCAUCUGAGUUAAAAGCUCCGCUGGUCUCUUCAACGCCGCCCCCUCUGCAGGAUCAGCAGCGGGGCCGCCUCUGGCUGGGAUCCGCUUCUCCGGCCCCGGCUGCCCGCCGCCCACUGCCCACCUCUGGUGCGCAGCGGGACGCUCGCUCCUUCUGUGGCAGCGGCAUUCAGGGCUGGCCUGGAGGUUGGGGGAGCUCCCGCCUCCCGCCGCGCUGCCUGGGCGGCUAUAACCGAGCCGAGCAGAUGAGCGGAGCCAGCAGGGAUACUGAGCUCCCCGCAGCCCAAGUUUGCGCUCCUGGAGCUACAGACGCCGCUACCGAGCCUUCCUUCUCUUCUUCGGUCUAGAGGUUCCGACACCCUGAGAAGCUGACCCCGAUCUGUGCAGGGGUUUGUGGAGAGGACACUAGCAUCCCUCUCUAACAGCUGUCCAGUCCCCCGAACCUGGGGUCCUGGAGAAAAUCUAAGCCUUGAAAGCCGAGGCUGAUGAUGAUCUGGGGAUCUCAUAUCUGAAGGUGGUCGGCUGGUACCUAAGAAAUUCCUUGGCUAUUGCCCCAGAGACAUCAGGAAAAAUUAGUCACGAUUUCAGAGCCUGCUGGGUCCCUGCUGGUUUGGGGUUCUGCACUCUCUGAAUCUGGCGCUGACCCGGCUUCGGUGGUCACCUGACCUUCCACCUCCGAGGAAACCUGGAAGCUUUGUCCUCCGGACCCUCCCCCAGCCUGGACUAGGAUGAGAUCAAUAGCUCCUUUCCUCCCUUCUCUAAGCCCCGAAUCAGACUCCAUCUCUCUAACUUCGGAAUGUAUUCCUCAGUUUCCCAACCUGUUUCCAGGAGAGUGCUGAUGAAUCCCCCCAGAGACGGGGAGCAAAGGUUGAACCCGAGAGCAUUCUUAAGUAAUUCAUCUUGGUCUCCUUUACCUGUCUGAUUCUCGAAGGCUAGACUCCCUGCCGAGGAGUAGAGAGAGAAUACAUGGCUAAGUGGCUCAGGGACUAUCUGAGCUUUGGUGGACGAAGGCCACCCCCACAACCCCCCAAACCCGAUUAUACAGAGAGUGAUAUCUUCCGGGCCUAUCGGGUUCAAAAAAGUCUGGACUUUGAGGAUCCUUAUGAAGAUGGAGAUGGGCAGGAGGAGCCCGAGUCAUCCUGCCUCAAUUGCCCCAGCAAACCUUCCUGUUCUGGGGACCAGCAAUACGGCUCCCCCAAACACCGGCUCAUCAAGGUGGAGUCAGGCGACCUGAACCGCAGUAAGAUGUUGCUGGGGACGCCUGAGGAGGAUAACACUGCAGAUGAUGCUGAGUAUUCGGACCCCUUUGAUGCCCAGCCUGAAGCUCAGUUGGGUGCCUCAGAACAGCUGCCCCCUGACAACAGCUACAUGGAACCCUAUGAUGCUCAGUGUGUGGUAACAGCAGACCUACAGCUCUAUGACACACCUUAUGAGGAGCAAGUUGGCGGGGAUAGCCCAGAGGCUGAAGGGAGGCCCCGGCAGAGCCGCCUGCCCCGGGAUGAUGAGAGGCCUGCUGAAGAGUAUGAUCAGCCCUGGGAAUGGAAGAAAGACCACAUCUCCAGAGCUUUUGCAGUGCAGUUUGAGAAUCCUGAGUGGGAACGGGCCCCAGGCCUGGCCAAGGAGCUCCGGAAGCCCCCAGCUAAGACCUCUGGCGGCUGGGUGGGGAAGGGGCCCAACCCAGAGGAGCAUAGCCCCCAGCCAGCCGAGCGUGUGGACCCAGCCCUGCCCCUGGAGAAGCAGCCGUGGUUCCAUGGUUCCCUGAGCCGGGCCGAGGCCGAGAACCUCCUGUCCCUCUGCAGGGAGGGCAGCUACCUUGUCAGGCAGAGUGAGACCAGUCAUCCGGACUUCUCUCUGUCCCUCAGGGGCAGCCAGGGCUACAUGCACAUGAAAUUCAGCCGGACAAAGGACAACAAGUUUGUGCUGGGUCAGCACAGUGGGGUCUUCUCCAGUGUGCCUGAGGUGGUGCACCACUACAGCAUCCGCCCGCUGCCAGUGCAAGGCUCCGAGCACCUGGCCUUGCUGCACCCCAUCACUGUGCAGACCCCCUGACAGCCUCUGCACUAGGACCCCAGGCUCUUCCUGACCAUCGGCCCCCCCGGGCUGCUGCUGACCUCUGGCCGUGGUACUUCCAUUCCGGGCAGAAUCUCAGAGCUGGAAGGGCUCUCACCCCAUCUGGUCCAGUUCCCUUCUGCAGCAUCUCUGACUAAUGGCUGCUUGGGAACCUCCCGUGAUGGGAAACUAACCGUCUCCUGAGGUGACCGUUUCACUUCUGGGUGGCUUUUGGUGUAAUUUGAUUGAAAUCUGGCCCUCGAAACUUCUCUCUGUCCCUCCCAGUUCUGGCCUUGGGGGCCAACAGAGGACUAGACUGUCUCCUGCACCAGCCCUUCAAGUGCUUGGGAACAGCUCCCAAGUCCUAUUCUCCACGUUCAGCAUCUACAUGUCUCUCAGCCAGUUGGGCAGCGUCGGGUCUCAAGGCCCGUGUCGGUCCUGGUCACCCUUCUCUGGCCAGCCCCAGUCUGUCACUGCCCUCCCUGUAACAGGACCCCAAGCCUGAGGUAAUACUACUGAGGAGAUCCGACCGGACACAUCCAUAGCCCUGGACUUGGUGCUGCUCAAUAAAGGCCAAAAGUCAAGGUGACUACAGGGUUCACUGGUCUGUUGACUUAUAUUGAGCUCUUCCAGGAUUCACUGAGUCCCCAUUUCAGUUCCUGGGCAAGGGCCCUUGGGGAAAACGAGCAUCCCCAGAUACAACAAAAAUGGGCCCCUAUCUCAGCCUUACGGUUGCCCCCAGACACAAUGCUCCCACCCAAGACAAGACCUGGGCCUUGGACAUGGAGAGUCCACUUUACGCUGGACACAAUGGAGAAGAUAUAAAUGAUGAGAGGAAACUCAGGUUUGCUCCAUCCUAGGCUGGAGGAAGCAAGUAGUACAAACGGACAGCCUUGGCUCCUCUGUUCCACUGCCUGAGUUUUCAGACUCCAUAGGCUUUUCCACCUCUCUCACACUCAAUAAAUCAAUUAUCUCUGGC